AUCCACUUUAAAUACGUCGUGACUGCUGACGUCAUUUGUCUGCCAGCCUCUGAUGUAUGUGAGGCUUCAAUCGACAUGGCGCUGCACCAUCUUAAAUAUUCGUAGCGACUGUAUUUUCUUUGGAUAAACAACGAAGCGAGGCUUUCUGGUUAGCGUGUAACAUUUCGAAAAUACGGUAGCAAGGAAUCUGAUUGACGUCGUCACUUUUAUAAAACACAAUAUGUCGACAGAGGAGUUGUCAACCUCGGACAGCGAAGCAGUCUUCGCUGGUUCUGGGGAGCGAUGGGCACCUGUCGGUGCUGUUGCUAGCCCCGAAGAUGAAGACUCUGGCUUCGGGAAGGACGACGCGCUGGAGCACAGACGGAAGGGCUCGAUGUCGGCAGAUGUCACGGAGAUGGCGAUGAGGUUGCGAAAGCUGGAGGAAGAGCAGGACUUGUUGAACUCCUCGCUCCUGGCCCUCACCUCGCACUUUGCUCAGGUGCAGUUCCGUCUGAAGCAGAUCGUUCAGGUGCAGAGCGAAGACAAGGAGAAGAUGCUCCUGGAGCUCGAAGAGUUUGCUUUCAAGGGCUGCCCGGACGUCUUGGGCUGUAGGGCUCAAGAUGCCAAACUGGUGGAGAGCUCGGAGGCCCUGAGCGAGAGGGAGAAGAGGGACCGUCUGGAGGCCCAGAGGCAGAAGCAGAAGGAGCUCAUUGUCCAGCUCAAGACGCAGCUGGACGACCUGGAGAGAUUCGCCUACCAGGAGGGCAGCUACGACUCCCUGCCCCAGUCUAUGGUCAUGGAGAAACAGAGGGUGAUCAUUGAUGAGCUGAUCAAGAAGCUAGACGUGAAUCUGAACGAGGACAUAGGGAACCUGUCGCCUGAGGAGCUGAGGCAGAGGGUGGAUGCAGCUAUCGCACAGAUAGUUAAUCCUGUCCGAGUCAAGGAACAACUGGUUGAACAGCUGAAGACGCAGAUCAGAGACUUGGAAAUGUUUAUCAACUUCAUACAAGAUGAGGUUGGUAACCCUCUUCUGCCGGAUGGUGCACACAGCCAGCAUGUAGGGUCAUCCACUCCCAGUGUGCAAGGCUCAGGGGGAAAGAAGAAAGUGGAUCCGGAGCAGGCCCAGCAGAUACGUGAGACAGGCCUGCAGCUGAUUCAGCGUGCACUGGCGGUGCUGCAAAUAUUUGCCGUUAGCCAGUUUGGGUGCGCGGCGGGGCACGUCCCGCAGGGGGUGUGGUCCCAGGGAGAAGGUGGCCAUGACUACGCGCCCCUGCUGCGGCGGCUGGAGGGGGCGGUGGAGAGGGUGCGCCUGCAGGCUCUGUGUAGGCAGCCCAUAGAGGAGCACGUGGUGAGCUACAGCAGCGGCCCAGCAGGCGGGGCCCGGGACGAGCUGACGACCGCCGUGCGCAAGGAGCUAGCCAUGGCCCUGCGUGACCUGCUGGCCCACGGCCUCUACUUGCCCUCCGAGGGCAUGAGCCUGGUGCUGGCGCCCAUUGCCUGCCUGCUGCCCUUCAGCCCCGCCCCACAGACCAUGCACCCCUGGGAGCUCUUUGUCAAGUACUACCACUCCAAGAACGGCCAGGCCUUCGUGGAGUCACCUGCGCGCCAGCUCUCACUGUCCUUCGGCUUGCCCGUCAGAGGCGGCCCUCUGACCGUCACACCCAAGCAGUCGCUGCUGUGGGCGGUGCACUCUGUGCUGCGCGAGCAUGAUCCCUACAAGCGCGGCGCCGACUCGGAGUUCAAGGCGCUGGUGUGCAUGGCACUCAACGAGCAGCGGCUGGUGUCCUGGCUCAACCUGCUGUGCAAGUCGGGCGCCCUGGUCCACACACACUACCAGCCCUGGGGCUACAUGGCCCAGACGGGCUUCGAGGGCGCUCUGCGCGUCCUCGGCCGCCUCAGCCCCCUCAAAUUCAACCUGCCUGUGGACCUGGCCAUCCGGCAGCUCAAGAACAUCAAGGAUGCCUUCUGAGCAGUGGCUGACCCCUCUCAGGACUUAGGGUUAUUUAGGUGGAGCGAGGUAUAGAUGUUGGUAUGGUUUAUCAGAAUGAAUGUAUGAGUUUUGGUGGGGUACAGCUGCUACAUCAGGUUCCCUCCCUUUCUGAUACAACAAGAUAAAGUGUGAACAUGUGUCGUGUAGUUAAGUGUGACGUAUAGAAGGCUCUAUUGUUAACCCUCCAAAUCUUGUGCAACAUUCCAAAAUUAACAGUGCUUUUUGUGCUGGGGACAUGCGUCUUUGAGACAUUUCCUGAAAAUGUGUGAUUUUGCAUUUAUUCCAUCCGAAGCUGCCAACCAAAAUCUUGAGAGUUAGGACAGGAUGCUGGGAUUACAAAAUGUAACGUUUAAAAUGAAGGCGUUAAAUUAAACGCCUUUAAACGUUUAAACGUUAAAAGGCGAAAAAUUGCACUAAAUGAGAAUGAAAGUGUGAACGUUCAUGUUGUACCUAAAUUAUUAUAUUUACCUGGACAUUGUUACCUGAAGUUUCGUUUCCCUCUGUUACCUUGUCACAGAAUAGGCCAUAGUACUCAACACUUCAAGUUUCUGUCUCACAUUUACAGAUGUGAUUAGUUAGGUUAAGUAAUGGAUGUACUUUUACAGUAGUGGAUUAUAAAUCCGGUAAACCUGUCAUGCUUCCAUGCUCAUCUGUCUUAAUUUGGUGAGCAUUUAAGGAGAGGAAUCUCAAUGAGCUACCAAACACAAGAAACAAAACUGUGAUUCUGCAAAACCAAACUGAUGAAACCAUUCAUACUACCUUAAAAUAAUCCCUAAACCGAUGUGUAAGGUUUUUUUUGAUGUAUUAGUGUAUACUGCUAAUGUACAUACAUAACAUUGCAGGUCCAGCAUAUGGGUGUCAGCUCCUGCUAAUACUAAUGCAUUGUGUACAUUUUGGACCCAUGGAGAGCAGCACUGACUGCUGUGCUGCACUCAGGAUCGCAUUUUCUUGAAUGUAUUUCACUGGAAUUCUGAAGACUGGACAGUAUUACAUUAAUACAGUCUUUCGUAUAUGUAGGCUAUUAUAGAGCAGUACAGUCUAUAUCCAAUUGAGUCUAUGUAAUGUCAUAUACACCAAUACAGUAAGACUGUAUUGUCAGGCUUGGAGGAGGUGAAAGUACUGUAACCCAGUCUGGAGAAUGUUCAUUCUGUCAGCUGCUGCAUAUCCGUUGUGUGUAUGUAAGGUCUUCUGGGUUAUUUUGAAUGAAGUGUAAAAAAAAUAUUUAAUGUGAAAAUGUUUUGUAAUUUAUGUUAUAAUGCUAAGGAACAGGGCUUUAAACACAAAAGUUGCUGGUUCAGUUCCUUGGUGGGGCACUACUGUACUCUUUGUGCAAGGUAAUUAACCAGAGUUGCCUCCGAAAAUACGCAGCUGUAUAAAUGGAUCGCAUGAAGAAAAAAAAAACUGUAAGCUAUGAAAGCCACUCUGAAGAAGAGUGUCUGCUGACUAACUGAAAUGUAAGAUACAUAUCAAGGAGCAAAGCGGAAUGUGCUCUGCUACUGUUGAAUGCUGUUUAAAAAAUCAAAAUCCAGUUUAAAACUGAUAAGUAAUUGUUUUACA